AUGCAGUGUAGGAGUUGAAGAAUUAAAAAAGCUUCCUAUCAGGCAACUUAUAUACACAAACUCAAUAAGUCAAUUUCUGGUUGGUCGCAAGACAGACGGAUGCAUAAACGUGCACAUGGAGGGGGGGAUGUACAAACUGGGAAAAGGAAGGCAAAUGAUUAUGAUGAAAAUGCCAUCUGCAAAAGGGUCAGACUUGACAAAAGUAAAUGAACGCAAAGUUAA